AAACACCCCAAGUGAGGACACAGGAGCUGUUUAGAACUUAUCCUUUGAACAGUUUAGAAAUCAGUAAUAGAUUCGAUGGAAACGAAGUGGUGUGAAGAUGGGCUGAGGAUGAUCGAGGAGUUGACCACAAAUGCCGAGCGAAUUCAAGAUGAGUUAUUGAGGGAAAUACUAAGUAGAAAUGCAGGAACGGAGUAUUUAAGGCGAUUCCUCCAUGGCCAAACUGACAAGCAACUCUUCAAGAAAAAUGUUCCCGUUGUUACUUCUGAAGAUCUUAAGCCUUACAUUGAUCGGAUUGCUAAUGGGGAGAGACCUGAUAUCCUUUUAGCUGAACCCAUUACAGGCUUCUUUAUGAGCUCUGGAACUUCGGGAGGGAAGCCAAACCUGAUGCCUGUCACUGCUGAAUUUGCUCAGAAGCGGGAAUUAUUUCAUACCUUGUACGAGUCUCCGGUGAUGAAGCACUUUGGUGACAUAAACCAAGCCGGUAAAAGAAUGGAAUUUAUGUUUGCUAGACCCGAGAUUGAAACUCCUAGUGGCCUCACGGCAGCAUCCGUCACAACAAGCAUAUACAAGGAGAGUUGGUUUAGAGCCAUGUUACCCAAGUGUUACACGAGCCCCGUUGAGACCAUCUUUUGCCCUGAGCCCGAACAGAGCUUGUACUGUCAAUUACUUUUUGGUUUAAUCCAACGAGACGAGGUUGUCUUGGUUGGCUCAGUCUUUGCGUCUGCGUUGCUAAGAGCCAUUAAAUUUUUAGAAAAUCACCGGCAGGAGCUGUGCUCUGACAUAAAAGCAGGUCAAGUAAGCCAUCGGAUCACGGACUCGGGAUGCAGAAGUGCAUCAUCAUUGAUCAUCAAGCCUAAUCCACAACUGGCUGACUUGAUAGAAAACAUAUGCAACUCUAAAUCAUGGGAAGGAAUAAUCAGAAAACUAUGGCCUAAAGCAAACCAUGUCCGUUGCAUAUGUACGGGCGUUAUGAGACAAUAUACCGCCGAACUCGAGUUCUACAGCGGAGGGCUUCCUUUAGUUUCAGCUUUCUAUGCUUGCUCGGAAGCUCAGUGUGGGAUUAAUUUAGAACCUCUAUGCAAACCUGCAGAUGUCUCUUAUACAUUCCUCCCUAACUUGGCUUAUUUUGAAUUCCUUCCUGUGAAGAAUGACCAUGAUGAAUCUACGGAAAUGAGGAGCAACAAUGAAGACACUGAAACUGUUGACCUUGUAAAUGUGAAGCCUGGUCACCAUUAUGAACUACUAGUCACAACUUCUGCAGGAUUAUAUCGAUAUAAAGUUGGAGAUGUUCUUAUGGUGACUGGUUUCCACAAUAACGCACCUCAAUUCCAAUUUGUGGAGAGGCAAAAUGUUGCUAUAAGUGUAGACCAGGAAAAAACAAGCGAAGCAGACCUCUUCAAGGCUGUGACAGAAGCAAAGGCCCUUCUGGAUCCACUCGGAUUCGUGUUGACAGAGUACACUAGCUAUGCUGAUACUUCCUCACCACCAGGUCACUACGUCUUAUUUUGGGAGCUGAAGCAAAAAGAAGGCAACCAUUGCAAAGAGGUUGACCCUAAGAUAAUGGCAGAAUGUUGCUAUAGAAUGGAAGAGUCAUUGCAUUAUACAUAUAAAAUCUAUCGUAAAAAGAAUAUAAUUGCACCUUUGGAGAUUAGGGUUGUAAAACAGGGAACAUUUGAUGCACUAAUGGAUUACAAUGUGGCCAACGGAGCAUCUUUGAGCCAAUACAAGAGACCUAGUUGCAUUAAAUCUAAGGAAGCCUUGAAGAUAUUAGAUUCAAGAGUAAUAGGAAAGUUUUUCAGUCCAAAGUCACCUUUGUAAGUUAAUGUGUGUGUUAUUUCAGU